UACGCGCCGUCCUUUGACUAUUACUACGAGAUCAAGAUGCUUGCAAGACAGAUGUGCUAUUUAAAUAAAAAAGCUUCAAACUUCGUUUUUGUCGCACCAAGGCGCUUUCAACAAAGUUAUACUACCACCACAGAUCAAUUUACCCCAGUUUCUAUUGAUGUUCCAUGGGGUAAAAUAGAAGGGAAAUUAUGGGGAUCUAGUGAUAAGCAACCUAUACUGGCUGUGCAUGGUUUUAUGGAUAAUGCAGGUUCAUUUGACGACAUUGCCCCAUUAUUAACGAAAAAUUCUUCUAUCCUUGCAAUUGAUCUGCCUGGCCAUGGACUGUCCAGCUGGUUACCUCGUGGCAUUCCUUAUAAUGAAGACAUGUAUGCCAUGGCACUAAGAAUGGUUGUAAAAUACUUUGACUGGAACAAAGUUAAAUUAAUGGGUCAUUCGCUAGGAGGAAUGAUGUGUUACAAUUAUACUAGAAUAUUCCCAGAUGAAACUCAAUUUGUUGUGAGUUUAGAUUCACUUGCUUUUAUGACUGACACGAUAGUGAAUCACUCUAGAAGAAGAACCAGAGCAAUGGACAGGUAUAUAGAGUUACAAAAUAAAUUAACAGACAAUCCUAGCUAUCCAGAAGACGUUAUUAUAGAUAAAUGGUUGACAGGAACAGUAUUUCAAUCCUUGAAUGUGCCUACAGUUAAAACUCUUAUGAUCAGAGGAACUAAGAGAAAAGAAGAUGGUACCUUUUACUUCACACGUGAUACUUGCUUGAGAGCUGUAGGUUUUUAUUCAUGCUACACACUGGAAAACCUUAAGGAAAUGACACAACUUAUUUCCUGUCCUUAUUUGGUUAUAAAAGCUAUGGAUACACCUCAUCAUGAUGAAUUUCGAUACUGGGGACAUAUAUUUGAUGUUUUGAGUAAAUCAAGCAAAGAUUUUCGAGUAUUCAGUGUUAAAGGAUCACAUCAUGUACACAUGAUAGAACCAGAAACGGUUGCCAAACACAUCAUUCCUUUUUUACAAAAGCAUGAUGCGUAAGAAUAGUUAAUUUUCAAACGAAUGAAACGUACUAGGUCAAUUUAAUUUAUUUUAGUAUAUAUAUGGGUGAUUCUGCCGUAACUUGCUCAGAUCGACUUGAA